GUCAGGCUGGGCCACGGACAAGCUGAGGGCUGGGGGCGGGAGGAGGCGCAGAGACACCACGCACCCACCCAGGGGAGCAUAGAGAGGAGAGAGCGGGGCUAGAGGGGCUGCGGGUUGUGGAGGACCGAGAGGGCUGCGCAGAGAGAGCCGGGCUUCAGCGUAGUCUGGGAUGUGGGGGCUGGCCUACCUUGGGGCAAGGAGCUGGGGCUUCGAGGGUGGGGCGGGGGAAGAGGGUUAGGAGGGGAUUGAGAGGACCCUCCCACUAGGCUGGGGCCUCCUCACCAUGGAGUGGAGGGAGAGGGCGGAGAGCAACUUGGAAGGAAGACCGGCGAGUGAGCGAAGGAGAGGAGAGAUCCGAGACCGCGCCAGGCCCCUCCCGGCUGAGGGGGAGGAGGCUUUGGGGGCUGCUGGGAUCAGGGAAGACUUCUUGGAGGAGGCGGCCUGUGCGCUAAGCUCGGCCUCCGAGGGGCCAGCUCUCUGUCCUGAUGCAGCUGCUGCCCCCAGCCCCCCUCGUCCAUCCUGCAGAAGGCCAUGGAUGCGCCUCCUUCAAAGGCGGCCUCUUUUCCCAAGCCAGAACCUUCGGCCUCUGCUAUCUCACCGUCCCCCAGGCCGGGCCGGUACCUGCUCAUUGAUGCCAAUGGGGUCCCUUAUACCUAUACGAUGCUGGUGGAGGACGAGCCCCCCCGGGCCAGCCCCAAGGGGGAGGCAGUCAGAGGAGAGCUUGGCCCUGGGUGCCCAGCGGCCCCUCGGAAGGGCUACAGCUGCCCCGAGUGUGGCCGGGCCUUCGAGAGCCCCCUCAGACUGCAGAGCCACAGGAUCUCCCACUCGGACCUCAAGCCUUUCAUUUGCGGGGCCUGCGGGAAGGCCUUCAAGCGCUCCAGCCAUCUGUCUAGGCACCGCUCCAUGCACCAGCCUGGGGGCAGCCGCUGCCACGCGUGCCCUCUGUGCCCACGACGCUUCCGAGAUGCCGUAGAGCUGGCGCAGCAUUUCAGGGACCACUAGGGGCUGAGGGAAACGUCUUGCCUAGAGGCAGCCCAGAGCACCAGAUCGGGAGGCCUAGGACCUGGGUUCGAAUCCUGACGGCAGCUACUGUCCAGGUGGUCCCAUUGCUAAUUCCAGGCCUCUGUUUUCUCACCCCUAUGGGGGGGGGGGCAGGUGGAGGGUGUGUGUGUGUGUGUUGGAACAGAUGUUUCCUGAAGCCCCUUCUAGCUCUAGAUUUGACCAUCUGAGAGACCCUCCCUCCCUCUUCAGCCUCCAGAGACACCGGGGAGGAGGCCUCUGGCCAGCCUUAGGAAGGGUUUUGGGGUGGUCCCCUCUGCGAGGCGCCGGUUGGGGGAGUGACCCUCGGAGCCAGGCCACUGGGCCUGGUUUGUGAAGGACUUGACCAGAACAGGAUUAGAAUUCUGGACCCCCGUGGUUUGCGGGCUGGGGUGGGGGCCCUAGCGCGGGCCUUGUCGUCUGAGCCUCAGUUUCUUGCUCUGGCAGUUAAGGGGGUUGGAUAGGAGAUCUCUAAGCGCCCCGAAUCUUCUUGUGGAGGAUUCCACAACGCAUUCCUGGGGCCCUGGGUUUGUAUCUCUCCUACUUCGAAUAAACGGUCUUGGAUCUGA